AUGGCACGCCGGUGGCUCCGUCUCUACCUCUGCCUCCAGCUCCCAGGUUUCUGUGUAAGUCUACUUUUGUUUCAGACUCCAGGGCAUAUUUUAGCCCAAACUAACAACAGAACAGAAAUCAUCUGUCACAUGAAAAAAGAUCAGUUUGGGGUGUACUGGUACCGAUGGAACCAGGAGACGCAACUUUUCCAGUUCUUGGUAUUUUCAAAUCCACUGGGCAAAACCACGUAUGGCACAAACGUCAACAAGGAGAAGUUUAGCAUCUAUGGGAGAAGUUCUCAAAACUCUUACAGUCUGCAGAUCCACCACCUCCAAGCUUCAGACAACGGCACGUAUUACUGCACCAUCUCCCAGUCCUCAGAGCUCAUCUUUGGCAACGGGACAAGGCUCAGUGUGGUUGAUGUUUUGCCUCUGCCGCCGAAGUCCACCCGAGCACCACCCUUCAAAAAGCCCACACGGUAUAUCACCAAAAGCAAACCUGCCGACACGAAAGGUGGCUGCAGCCCUUUCGUCUGGGUCCCGCUGGCCACAUGUGCUCUCACCCUGCUGCUCUGCCUGGCUGCCACCAGCCACCGCUUCCACCGGCUGCGGAGGAGGCUGUGGCUUCAUGUCCACAGGCAGUAA